UCUAGUAACGCAGUUCGGGACAAGCAGGGCGAUUCGGAUAACUGAAUCGUUCGGAUAAUAGGAGCCCACUAACUCUCUCUUCCACUAUCGUUUCUUCGUUCGUAUAGGUGAUAGGAGCUAAUGUUCGUAUAACUGAAUUUAUACUCACCUAUUCGAAUACAUAGGCGGUGGAGCAAUAAGUUUAACACGUUGACUGCCGCGCGUAUUUUCAAUGAAAUCUCCUUCGGGCCAUGAGUGCCGUUGUACCAAGCGUACUCCGCCAGGUACUCCCAUCGAUAUUUUAGAGAACUUAAAAUCUAUACUCUAAUUCGUUACAAUGUCGAAAAGAGAAAUGGAGAACUUAUUUCUUAGUGAGUCAAAUAGCAGUGAAGAAGAAGGCUUUUACGAGGAUUAUACAAAUUCGGAUAGCAGCGAUGAGGAAGAAAUCAGAUUUCCUAGAAAUAAAGAUAUAAAUAGAGUUACAUCGUCUGAUUCUGAUUCGGAUAUUGAUAAGCGUAAUCGUAGUGACAUUGAACGUAACGAAGAUACUGUUGACGAGAUUUUACAAGAAUUGGUCAUUAAGGAAGAAAGAAGAACUGAUGAUACCGAGGAAAGUACGAUUCAAUUUGAUGAAUGAAAUGAAUUUAGUGGUUGGCAGAAAUCAUUUCCUUUCCCCAAGAUAGACGGCCUCAUUAGGCAAUUACCUGGCCAUGUCAAUCCAUAUGAUGUGUUUGAGCUGGUCGUUGAUGACGAAAUAAUAAACUUGCUUGUAUCAGAAGAUUGCAACAAGGAAGAACGUAAAUAUUAGAAGAUUUAGAGAAUUAUUAGCUGGAAAAUUAUUAGGGUUGUCUGAAAAUA